AUGCGGUCCCGGUCCAUCCUUGUGAGCCUGAUCCUAAUGGCAUGUGGAGUGAUUACCAGACCAUCAUCAAUAGCGGACCCAGAUGAGGUGGAGAUAAUUGGGAUACCUAAGGCCACAAGCCUCUUGGUGGAACCUAGGGAGACAAGUGAUCCAUCAAUAAGCGAUGCGCUUACCUUCACCCAGCAAGAGAGACAAAGUACUACUUCUUGGGAACCAUACCGUUUAAAACGACAUCCAUCGGCUAUUUCUUCCAGAAAAGGUCUGAAGGUUUUUGAGAAAUUAAUCGAUGAUUCACCCCUAUUGAGAUCUUUGUCAUCUGAGGAUCGUUCAAUGGUAAUAGAGAACUGGAAAGAAAAGAAAGGGACGGUUAUCUCGCUUUGUGAGGAGUCAGAAGAGCUUGAGCUUAUUCGCUUGGAUUUGCAACAUCUGGUGGAAGAUCGGAGUUUAAAAGAUCAUCCGUUUCAAAAUGAUAAUCAGUUUUCCUCGACAAGUAGUCUUCUUAAGUUAGCCGGGAAGUCUGCUUCUCUCAUCAAACAAGCCAAGCUAUUCGAGCUGGGCCAAGUUAGUUCGGAUCUGAAAUUAAGGCUCAUCUUAGACAAUAAUAUAAAGGGAGAAUGGCUUAAACAUUUUCCUAAUGAAAGUAUUGAAAUUUUCCCAUCAAACAAUUUCUGGUUCAGCUACAGCAAGAAGUUAUGGGAGAAAAUGGAGGGAUUGCUUUUUGGUUACAAACACCAGGAUUUCACUGAGGCUUCAAAAUCCUACAAUCCAGUUCUCUGGAAGUAUGUAUUCAAAACAAUGGAUUUGUGGUUCAAGGAAGGCUUCAUCAAUGAAGAAUCUAUAAGAAGUGCCUUCCAAAACUCCAAGAUGAUGAAGCCAAUAAUUUACUACACUAUUUCCUGUAUUGGUGAUACUGAAGAUGAAGAUAUCACAUUUGAAUCAGUUUCAUCAAUUACCCAAAUUCCAAAUUGGCCUUUUUCAAAAACCCCAAGUCGAGUGGACGAUUACCAAGAACCACAAGUCGAGUGGACGAUCACCAAUAUUCUUGAAAACCGACCGACGAUAGCAACGAGAAUACAUCGCCUUACACAAAAUCACAGAGCAGUGACACAGGAAAUGCCACCAGAUAAAGAGUUAAUUCAAAAAUGGAUCUCAUCAAGUACCGCAUCGGCUUCUGGAGUUGAUGACGAGGACGAAGACGACCUACCCGUAUCAGACAGGCUCACCUGGGAGACGGCCAUCCAGCAAGGCAGACCAAAAAUAAUUACUACCAAGUUGUCAAUAAGGAUCCCUUUCCUACGAGAUGAACUCCUUCCGCUGAUACGCAAAGUCAAAUCCCCUUCGAUCCUGGAAGUAUCCGAGUUACUCAAGGUGCUAUUCCAGACGAUUCCUCGCUACGAUGAUACCGACUCGAGGAAAGCUGUCAUCUCUGUGCUUAUUGCUCUCAUCGAAAAGAGCGACGAAAUUUCAUCAGACUCCCCCUCCUUCGGACUCAGAAACACUGUCAUCAAGUGGAUCUCACAGGAAGCCUCAAAGUCAUGCGGUAAAUCUCAUAGCGGGGGCUGCAGUGCAGCUAGCACUCGUUUAGCUCUUCUCGUAUGGACGGCGGCACUCCUUGAAAAUUCAUUCUCACACUUGGCUAGUCAAUCUUCCCAAGAUUCAUCGUCAAUCACUAUCCUGGUCAAUGCUCUCGGCAAUUUGCUGGACUCGAUGCAAGAUCCCAAGGAUAAUCGACCCGCCUUCCAAAAGUCUGGUACUGUGAUUGUGAGAAGAACAAUCAGGAAUAAUCAAAAAGAAAUCCCCAGACUUUUUGAAAUCCUAACCUGCUCAACCUCUCCGAGUGUAAAUGCUAGCUUGCUAGGCGUGGUCAUCGAUGUUUCUUUGAGACUGAGGGUUGGCAAAGAACCUGUUAAAGGUGCCCGUGAUGGAGUGGGCGUGGGUUAUGCAGUGACUUUCAAGAGUCGUAUCCUCGAUUGGUGGAUCGCCCAAAUAUUGGGUUCCCGAUCAUUGUUGCCUCCAUGGACAACAUCCGCAUUUCGCGAUUUUUCUCAGCAAAUUUUGACUCAAGACGAUUUUACUGAGACUGUGAUCGCACCUGCCACCAAAUUUCUCUUACGUUCUCCUGAGGUUGCCUUACCAGCUUUGACGCAAUUCAUAAGCAUGUCAACUCUUCGUCUUCCAGGAGAAGUGAGCAUCACAUUUUUACCUGCGAUCAUGUCAUCUAGUAAGAGCAGUAAUCCAGAAACCAGGAAAUCUUCUCUGGCACUCUUUGAAACGGUUUUUGGACAUGAAGAUUCUGAUGUACUCCUGAAAGUGGUCGAAGAAAUCAGUUUGCCGAUCAAGACUGGCAAAACCUCGAGUCCUGAACACCGCGCAACACUGUUGAAUGCGUUAGCCUCUCUGAAGCCCAAGACAUCAUUCUCGCCGUCCUUGAUUAAGUUGUGCUGCGACCUGCUGGGCAAGGAAACCAACGAAAAUGCUCUCAUCAGUGUCAGUGCGACGAUCCAACGUCAUCUGAAGUUCUUGAUUGAUUCCGGACUUGAAAUCGAAUCGGCAGCUGUUCAAGCUAUGUGCAAGAGUAUGCAAGACCCUAAGCCGUUGAUUCGAAAAACAGUAUGCUCAGCGAUUGGACUCUCAUUAUGGCGCCCUAGUCGGCAUGAUCCCCAAGUUACGGAUGGCCAGGAUCGUCAAGCUUCUACAUACACGCCCAUGCAGCCGCAGAUCUAUCCUUCCCUCCUGGCUCCACUGGCAAAAGCGCUGGAAGCCAAUCUCAAAAACGCAUCAACCAAUCCGCUUGCAUCUGCCGGAGGCCCUUUGGAGGGAUAUAUUGCUGUUGCCUUAUGCGGCUCAUCACUGCUUCGUCAUCACACAGUCAUUCAAACUAUGUGGAAGAAUAACCCCGUCCUAUGUUCUCUCGCAGUGGGGACUCCGAAGCCCAGCUUUUUGUUUCUAGAUCGUAUCUAUCGAAAAGCGACUGCUUCGCCGGAUGAAAGUAUGUGGCUUUCUCGGGCACUCGAUUCAAUUCUUGAAAAAUUUAAAUCGGAGCUAGCUCGAGACCCAGUGUUUAGAAACUUAUUUGCUCAGGCGGUGCUUUUUCUCUGCCUCGAAUGCCUUAGCCAUGAGACACGAAAACUGAUAUCCGAGUUGACAUGCGAAUGGUUCAAACGAGAUCCUCAACUGGUUUGCCAAUUUUUAAUGGAAGGGUUGCGAACGCAAGCAAUCAAGAGUACUACCCACGAUCUCUUCAACAGUCCAGUGUUAGGUGCACGACUGAGAAGUCUUUUGGCAUCAUUGUUCAAAAAUACCAAAGAUAUGAGUGAAGACGUACGGCGCGAGCUGCUGGUUGAGAGCUUCGUAACGUCGCACCAUCAGGUCGUAGACGAUUCUUCUUCCUUCUGGAUAAGCCUUGUGCGUGCAGCGGCACUCGACCCGGAAGAAGUAACCUCUUCCAACUUUAAACGCUUGACACAACACAUUCAAGACUCAAUAACCGCAGUCUCUUCAGAAAGUAGCAAGCUCUCCGAUGCCGCUUAUCGGGCGGUGACCACGAUGUGCCUCGUGACUCCCCGGAUUGCCUUUCCUGAAAUUUCAGAGUAUGUGAGGGAAUCUUUGGAUCCUCAGAAAUUCGCUCACAUAGGCACGUUUGAGCUAGGCGUCUGGAAUACUCCGCCCGGGCAAACGUUUCACGAUGUUCUUGCCCCACAGAAGAAUCAAGUCCAAGACAAAGGUGGGCAAGACUCAAUUGAAAAAUGGGAGCAAGAGCUGAGGGCGAGUAUCGAGGCGAAAAAAGCCGGUGGUGCCAAGAUCUUGACAAAAGCCGAAAAGGCUCUAGUUGAUGCACAGCUUUCGAAAGAAGCGGAUGUGCGAGAUCAAGUUAAGGAGGCCUUGGCGAAACUCAAGCACGGAUUCUGCUUGAUCCAUAGCCUGAUGCAAGCCCGCAAAGCGUCCGAGAAUUUCCUCACAGACUACGCGGCAUCACUCGUAGAUAUAUGUUUGAAGGCCUUACAACUUGAAAUUGUCACUUUAAACCCAACAGAAGGAUUUUCAGCAUUUUCUGUUAUGGGCGACUUUUGCACUGAACGGCUCGGCUCGUCUCGUCUGCCGCUUACGAUUUGCAUUCUACGAGGUCUAGAAACCAAAGUGGUACCAGCCGAUAUGACUGCCGAGUCACUCUCAGACCUGGUCACCCGCACUUUAUACAAGAUCAGAUCGUUAGCUGAGCAGCAGGCAAUAGAUUGCCGAACGUUUUGCUAUUUUGCUCCACUCCUUUCGCAAGUUAUCGCCAAAGGAGGCCUGGGCAUCAUGGCUUCACAGAUUGAAGAAUCUUUAGAACAAAUUGCUUUAGCGGUGGACAUCAUCAGCUUUGCGGGUCCUGAAGCCACAAAAAUACAGGACCUAAGAUCACGAUUGAUGCAAGAUUGUCUUGCUGUGAUCGGUAAAUAUCCACAGCUGAUUAAAGCUGCCACGUCGGCCCUCGUUGCCGUUGUAUCCGCUGCCUCGCCUGAUGCAACCGACCAAGACAUCCACACCUUAGCAUUGGGAUUUCUUUCAGCGGAAUCGCAAGCCAGAUAUGCCGCGUUACAAGCUGCUCAACCGUUGGAUAUGACCGAUAUUGGAUGGUCCCUCGAGCUGUGGAUAGCCUGUCACGAUGAAGAUGAACGAAACGCGAACUUAGCUUCUGACCUGUGGCUAGAAAAUGGACUCCAAACCCCUGAAAGCUGUCUUUCAUCGCUGUUGCAGCUAUUCGAACAUCACACCCCUGCCAUCAGAAACGCAGCUGCAAAAUCAGUUGCUGAGACUGUUCAAAUCUAUCCGCAUCUAGCCAAAGUCGCACUGGCAGAAAUCUCCACUCGCUACGAAUAUCUUGCAAGAGAGCUGGUGCCCGAAUAUGAUAAGUUUGGAAUGAUCAUACCCGAAUCACUAGACCGAAAUGAUCCUUGGCAGCACCGGCUCGCACAGGCACACGCGCUUUGCUUACUCGCGCCCUCUUGGGAAAAAGAUGACAUAUUACCAUUGUUUGAUUUUCUUGUUGCCCAGAAAGCUCUGGGUGACAGAAACGAAGAGGUCCGCACUCGAAUGCUUGCUGCCGGCAAUGCGGCAAUAGAUUUAAGGGGAUCUGAACACCUUGAAAAACUCAUUUCCAUUCUUGAAGAUAUCCUCACCCGAGGAGGGACUGGCACAGACGCUGCGGAUCACAUCACAGAAGCAGCUGUUCUUCUUUUUGGAAGGGUGGCUCGCCAUCUUCGAGCAGAUGACGAAAGGUUGAAGGAAGUGAUAACGCGCUUGGUCGAUGCACUCAAAACUCCGUCUGAGGUGGUCCAAAGCGCGGUAUCCGACUGUCUGCCACCGUUGGUGCGCCUCCGAAGAGAGCAGGUACCUAUCCUCAUUCAACGACUUCUCGACGAUACCCUGAAUGCCCCGAAAUAUGCCGAGCGGAGAGGAUCAGCUUACGGAUUGGCAGGGGCUAUCAAAGGGCGUGGUAUUACGUCCAUACAAGAAUUUUCGAUCGUUGAUCGCUUACGUGAUGCAUUGGAAGAUAAGAAGAACUCUCGUGCUCGACAAGGAGCUCUAUUUGCGUUCGAAAUAUUGGCGAGCUCGCUGGGCCGUCUGUUUGAACCGUACUUGAUCCCAACAACAUCCGCUAUGUUGGCCGCAUUUGGAGAUAGUGCAACUGAAGUUCGGGAAGCCAUCCAAGAUACCGCCAGAGAAAUCAUGCGUGGGCUCUCGGGGCAUGCCGUCAAAUUGAUAUUGCCAUCUUUGCUCAAUGGAUUGGAUGACAAACAAUGGAGAACUAAAAAGGGUGCUAUCGAAUUGAUGGGCGCCAUGGCGUAUCUAGCGCCGAAACAGCUCUCAAUGUCACUUCCGACAAUCAUUCCUCGCCUAACGGAAGUACUGACCGAUACUCACGCGCAAGUUCGCGCCGCUGCCAACAACAGUCUCAAGAAAUUCGGAGAGGUUGUGUCCAACCCCGAGAUCUCAGCGAUGCAAAACAUUCUCUUAGCCGCCUUAGUCGACCCAGCUCGGAAAACUGGCAAAGCGUUGGACAAUCUGUUGGGCACGGCUUUCGUGCACUAUGUGGAUACUUCUUCCCUUGCUCUCAUUGUCCCUAUCAUUGAGAGAGGUCUUCGGGAAAGAAGUGCAGACAUCAAACGAAAAGCCACCCAGAUCGUUGGCAACUUGGCAACUCUUACAGAAGCUAAGGAUCUUUCGCCCUACCUUCCCCAAUUAAUGCCCCGAGUAAGACAAGUUUUGGUUGAUCCAGUGCCGGAGGCCCGAGCCACUGCGGCAAAAGCUCUUGGCAGCUUAGUCGAGCGUUUAGGUGAAGAAAGCUUUCCCGAAUUGGUUCCUUCCCUCUUCGAUACUCUCAGGACCGAGGUUCCUGGUGUCGAUCAACAAGGAGCUGCUCAAGGCCUCAGUGAAAUCAUGUCAGGCCUCGGGACUGAAAAGCUCGAUGAUCUUCUGCCUGACAUCAUCACAAACACCAGUAGUCCUAAGGCGUUUGUUCGUGAAGGAUUCAUUUCGCUAUUGGUUUUCUUGCCAGCGACGUAUGGAGAUCGAUUUGCCCCAUAUCUUGGUAGAAUAAUCAGACCAGUCCUGAACGGGUUGGCUGAUGACUCUGAUUAUGUGCGGGAUGCGUCGAUGCGAGCCGGUAGGAUGAUUGUGAUCAACCACAGCACCAAGGCAAUUGAGUUGCUCAUGCCAGAACUUGAGCAAGGUCUCUUUCACGAGAGCUGGAGAAUCCGACAAAGCUCUAUACAGCUCCUUGGAGAUCUCCUGUUCCGCAUUUCCGGAAUUGCUGCCAAAGCAGACCUUGGGAACGAAGAUGGAGAAGAGGAUGAAGUCACGAUACCUAGUGCUGAUGCCUCACGAGUCGCUUUGGUUGAUACCUUGGGUAAAGAACGUCGAGACAGGGUUUUGUCUGCAGUGUACAUCACCAGACAAGAUUCUUCCUCUAUUGUUCGCACGACGUCGGUUCACAUCUGGAAGGCAUUGGUUAAUAACACCCCGAAAACCGCCCGUGAAAUUAUGCCUACACUGAUGCAAACAUUAAUUCGCAUCCUCGCAAGUCCUGGCGAAGAGCAGCGCGAGACUGCUGCACGAACGCUGGGCGAACUGGUCAAAAAGCUUGGCGAAAACAUCCUGGCUGUAAUCAAUAAAACUCUGCAAAACGCGAUGCAAUCUGAAGAUGUGCGCGUUCGUCAGGGAGUUAGUUUGGCCGUCAUCGACAUCAUCGCCAGUAUUUCCCAGACGCAGCUAGAAGAUAACCAAGGCCCACUCAUCGCAAUUGUAAGGUCUGCUUUACUCGAUGACAGCGAUGAUGUGAGGUCCACUGCUGCCAAAGCCUUUGAUGCGCUGCAACAAAGGUUGGGUAGUAAAGUGGUCGAAGAAACUCUGCCUGCCCUUCUGCACGCCCUGCGACAAUCUGGAAGCACCCCGGCAGCCUCCCUAGCUGCACUGAAAGAAUUAAUGCGUGUUGGAGCAUCGAGCAUACUGCCUCAAAUUCUACCGGUUCUUACGAAGUCUCCAAUUACCGCUUUCAACGCUCGAGCAUUGUCCAGCUUGGUUUCGGUAUCUGGAGGCUCAAUUGCUAGAUACAUAUCUAAGGUGGUUGAUAGUCUCAGAUCUUCUUGGUGUGCUGAAGCAGAUGAAGAAGUUCGCGAUGCCAUAGACUCCUCUCUACGCGUCAUCUUUGGCUCCUUAGAUGAACUGGAUAGCAUCAACUCUCUGAUGAUGCAUUUACUGGAAGUGGCCAAGUCCCCAACGCCCAGCAAGCGAGUGGACGGUUGUGACUUGUUCGGGAUCUUUUGCGCCUCCAAUACCUCCGAUCGAUCGGAGUACGACGUGCUUUGGAUCCGCCAAUUAGUAUCCUCGCUUGAUGAUCCCGUGUUAGAGGUGGUUAAUUCGGCUUGGCUUGCGAUGGACGAGAUGGUCAAAGCCAUGCCCAAAACUCAAAUGGAUGUCUUGGUUAUACCCUUACGGCGGACAAUCGAAGGUUCUGGAAUUCCGGGUCGUUAUCUGCCAGGACUUUCGCGUCCCUCAGGGCUCAAGCCAUUCAUGCCCAUACUUUUGCAGGGUAUCCUAGCGGGUACGGCAGAGCAGCGGGAGCAAGCCGCGCUGGCGUUCGGAAAUCUUGUAGAGAGGACCUCCGAAGAACAUGUCAAGCCUUAUGUUACCCAAAUCACCGGGCCUUUGAUUCGGAUCAUGGGCGAUCGAUUCCCUGCUCCAGUCAAGUCCGCUAUCCUUCAGACUUUGGGAAUAUUGCUAAUGCGUAUUCCUCAAUACGUCAAGCCAUUCUUUCCUCAGCUUCAAAGAACGUUUAUGAAGUCUCUUAACGAUGGAACUUCGAUCACUGUGCGAAGCAAGUCAAUCGCAGCUCUAGGUCUUCUGAUGAAACAUCAGCCGCGCAUCGACCCUCUGAUCGUGGAGCUGCUAGGCAGUAUACAAACCACAGAUAACAAAGAAAUUCACGAAUCUUUGGUUUCUGCUCUUUCUGCGGUUGUAGCCAGUGGAGCUGCUAACAUUACGGACGCGCCGAUGAACGAUAUUGUCAAGUUAAUCGAAGAGAUCUUUCAUGAAGAGCGCCACUCCGAACCUUUGGCCCUUGCGCUAUCAUCUUUAGUCAGCGCAGUAGCCCGCUUCAAGCCAUCUCGGAUUUCCAAUGUCAUGAGCUUCAUCUUGUCUAACCCACCCACAGCAGUGGGGUCUGUUUGCAUCCGCGAAAUGAUCGACAACGCUUCAGAAGCUUUGUAUGAAUUGGGAGUCGAGCAGGAUGUGGUCGCGUUUGUAUUAAGUCAUUCCGCGGGUGUACCUCCGAAUAUUGGAAGACCACUACGAGAAGCUAAGCAGUUGCUGUCAACUGCUCCAAAAUUCUGCAGUGAUGAAAGGGUGCAGAGUAAAAUUUGA